AUGUUUGAGUUGGCAGACGAUUGCAGCUUAGAAAAAAGAACAAAAAGGGAAUCCGAAAAUACAGAAUACCUAAUUGGAAUUGAUGGUUUCGCCUCUCAGGAAAUAAUAAACUUAAUGCUUGUUGGAAAAGCUGUACCUCAUCUGUUCGAUGGCAACCAAGAGCGUGACUUUGGUGGUUCAGAAACGUCUCUUCUACAUGGAAUCCCUCAUAAAUCAGAAAUUGGACUCCUAUCGGCACUCGAUCAACACUGUGCAAUUGGGAGCUUCUACAAAAAUCCUAUGUACCCCAUAUUUCUGUUGAUCUGUGGCCACCACUACACGGUUUUGUUCGGAACAUCAAAAAGAAUUUUAAUGAACUCCCAAGACGAAUUUAUUUUGCAUCACUAUGAUGGUUUUGACAAAACUGAGACAGCUUUUAUAAUAAGUAUGUUAAAUUUUUUUCUUCUAAUUUAUGGCCUAUGUCAUUGAACUAAUCAGACACUAUCAAUCAAUCAACAGA